AUGGAGAAUAGGGAGCUGAGCAGAGUUCGAAAGAAGAAGAAAAGGAGAAGACUCGCUAUACAUCAUGUUCGGAACGUUGAUAUAUCGAAUUGCUCAAACUGUUUCAUUCAAGGUCUAAAUUUCGUGACAAAUAAAAAGGAAGGAAUAAUAAGGAUCCGUGUUGAUAAAUUAAGUGUUUUGAAUUCUCCGGGAAGCGUCAUUCAAUUUGGUCAGUUUUGCAACAAUAUGGUUAUGUUUGGUGGUGCUGAUUCAGUUACUGAGAAUAAUGGGUGUACAGAUGUUGAUAACCUUCCGAUGCCGAGUCAUACAGUCAAGUCGUUACUAAUGUCAAGCUGGAGUAGAGAACAAGUUCGAUGCUGGAUCAUGAAUAUCAAUCUACCAAGUUAUGUUGCAAAUCAGUUUUAUGAAGAACAUGUCAACGGUUUUAUUUUACAGAAGUACAAGAAAAAGUAUUUGAAAAAGGAUUUCCUGUUGUACAAGUCAAAUUGGCGUCUUAUUUUAUAUCUGAGAAAAAGUUGGUUGAAAAUGGAAAAAGAUGUUCGAGAAACUAUUGCUUCGUCUGGUUCGAGAAAUGUAUCAUUGCCUUCAUCUGUUACGUAUGACAUUGUUAAAGCUAAAGAAAAUAUUCAAGACAUAGUAUUGCAUUUAAAUUCAAAGUUGAGGUCAUUUCAAGAUUCAUUUACGGAAUUUAAUAUUUCAGACUUAAGCUAUUUGCAUCGCGGUGAUUUACGUGUUACGUCAGAGAGCUUGGAAUUUUUUUUUUUUGAAAUAUUGAACACAGGAAAAAACAACUUAAUAGUCGGCUUUAUGAAUGUAACACAAGGCACUUUAUGUGACAAUUUUAUUGAACAGUUGAGUGAAAUAUUAGGAAAAAUUAAAGAUACUGGUCUAACGAGUUUCAUACUUGGAGAAUUCAAUUUGCAUAAGAGCUCGAGAAAGUUGCUUCUUUAUGAAAAAAAUAUCAUAGGUGCUCUGACAGAUAAUUUAUUCUUCCGACUCAGAACUGAAAGCGCGUUUAUAAGAAAUUCAAUUCUAUUUGAUGAAGUUAUAACAAAUGACACGGGUGUGUUUAGUUCUGAUGACGGAAUAUAACAUAACACACGACAAAAUUAAUAAAAAACACAACUGAAAACCGAACUCUAUAUGCGAUUCAAAGCUACGAAAGCCAAUACCUUUGGCUGUGAUUUUAAAAACUUUUACCGUAGCAAGGUUGACUCUGCCUUACAUCCCUCCGGGGUAGUUAAAAUGAGCACCAUUCCAAAUUUGGAGUGGGAAGUAAAUUAAAAAAAGAUAACAAUACAGUUUGUCGAUAAGAUUGUUUUAGAGAAGCAUCAACAUUGAGCCAUACAUACAUUGUGCGAACGUUAAACCGAAGUCUACACGCGAUUUAAAGCUAUUCGAAGUCUACACGCGAUUUAAACCUAUACGAAGUCUACACGCGAUUUAAACCUAUACGAAGUCUACACGCGAUUUAAACCUAUACGAAGUCUACACGCGAUUUAAACCUAUUCGAAGUCUACACGCGAUUUCAACCUAUUCGAAGUCUACACGCGAUUUAAACCUAUUCGAAGUCUACACAUCGAUUUAAACCUAUACGAAGUCUACACGCGAUUUAAACCUAUUCGAAGUCUACACGCGAUUUAAACCUAUUCGAAGUCUACACAUCGAUUUAAACCUAUUCGAAGUCUAUCACGCGAUUUAAAGCUAUACGAAGUCUACACACGAUUUAAAGCUAUACGAGGUCUAUCGAUUUAAAGCUAUACGAGGUCUAUCGAUUUAAAGCUAUACGAGGUCUAUCGAUUUAAAGCUACGAAAGCCAAUACCUUUGGCUGUGAUUUU